CGGGCGCUCUGCGAGCCUCUCAUUAGCCGGCGGCGCGGGGAGGGGCCAGGUGACCUCACGCUGUCCGGGCCUCAGCGGCCAUUAGUCCGGGUCCCAUUGCUGGGGCGACCGCGCAGCCUCUGAGUCCGCGAGACACCUAGGCCGCGAAUUCGAGCCUGACCUUGAGGGUCCACACCGCGAGAGAGAAGAUGCGUGCGCCCAUUCCAGAGCCGAAGCCUGGAGACCUGAUUGAGAUAUUUCGCCCUUUCUACAGACACUGGGCCAUCUACGUUGGCGAUGGAUAUGUUGUCCACCUGGCCCCUCCAAGUGAGGUCGCAGGAGCUGGUGCAGCCAGCGUCAUGUCUGCCCUGACUGACAAGGCCAUCGUGAAGAAGGAACUGCUGUAUGAUGUGGCCGGGAGUGACAAGUACCAGGUCAACAACAAACAUGAUGACAAGUACUCGCCACUGCCCUGCAGCAAAAUCAUCCAGCGGGCGGAGGAGCUGGUGGGGCAGGAGGUGCUCUACAAGCUGACCAGUGAGAACUGCGAGCACUUUGUGAACGAGCUGCGCUAUGGAAUCGCCCGCAGUGACCAGGUCAGAGAUGUCGUCGUCGCUGCAGGCAUUGCAGGAGUGGGCUUGGCAGCCAUCGGCCUUAUUGGCGUCAUCUUCUCAAGAAACAAGCGACAAAAGCAAUAACUUAAAAAGACUAUCCUGUCAGCGGUGACUUUAUACAUCAAGGGGGUCUUGUUUUGCUAGAGAAUUUGGGGUUUGGUUUGUGGAUUUCAUUGUGAUUUAUAAUAAGGCUUAUUUUUGCAGAAUAAAAUAAAGCACCACGAGGGAAGAUUUUACUGGGGAAAAUGCAGCAA